UAUAUAUAUAUAUGAUGAGACCUCAAAAUAAUAAGUCACACCUACUUCCUUUGUAAUACCUAAAAGAGUUGAUACGAUGGCUACUCUUUUUCUCUCUGUGCUUCCAAAGUUCCAUCCAUCAUUGAAUUUCCAAACCAAAAUCACAAUUCACAGUUGUCAGUCAAAGAUUAAUCACAAAAAAAUAAUUAGUACUACAACAAGAGGAAUAAGAUCAAAGCAUUACUCUUCACAUGAAAGAAUCUUUAAGGUAUUGGAUGAUUUCAUAUGCAAGUUCAUAAUCAACACCUCUCUUUCCCCGCAUGUCGACCCGAAACACGAACUUUCCGGCAACUUUUAUCCAGUGGAAGAGCUUCCACCCACCGCCUGCCAAGUGGUGGAGGGGUCUCUGCCCCCCACCCUGGAAGGCGGCGCUUACAUCCAAAAUGGCCCCAAUCCUCAGUUCAUCCCACGUGGGCCCUACUACAUAGCCGACGGUGACGGAAUGCUCCAUUCCAUCAAAUUCUCCGGCGGCGGCAAAGCCAUCUUCUGCAGUCGUUUCGUAAAGACUCACAAGUAUAUAAUGGAGCGCGAUUUAGGCUAUCCGUUUUUCCCUAACCCCGUUGCGUAUUUCAUUAGUAACAGCGUACGCUUCAUACUUUUAACUUUGGCAAGAUUUAUUAUUGGUGGGAAGAUCAAUCCUCUCACCACAGGCAUCGGAACGGCGAAUACUAGUGUAUUUGAAUUCGCUGGACGUCUUUUCGCCAUGAUAGAAUCCGAUCUUCCGUAUGCAAUAAAAAUAUCCCCAGACGGAGAUAUAAUCACGAUCGGCCGUCAUGAUUUUCACAGUAGCGAUAACGACCUUUUCUUGAAUAUGACGGCCCACCCGAAAGUCGAUGCCGGCACAGGUGAAGCAUUCGCUUUUAGGUACAAUGUUAUCCCUCCAUUUUUGACGUUUUUUAGAAUCGAUCCUAAUGGGAGGAAACAAAAGGACGUGUCCAUAUUCUCUAUCAAGGGUGUAACGUCGUAUAUGCAUGACUUUGCCGUGACGAAAAGAUUCGCCGUAUUCCUCGAUGCACAACUUGUGAUUGACCCUUUGGGAAUAAUGAGGGGAAAGAAAAUACUUAGGGUCGAUCCUGAAAAAACUCCGAGACUUGGCGUUAUUCCGCGAUAUGCUACUGAUGACAGUGAAAUGUAUUGGACUGAUGUGCCUGGAUUGAACAUGAUGCACGUAAUUAAUGCAUGGGAAGAUGACGAUGAUGCUACGUGUAACAAAAUCGUGAUGGUGGUUACUAAUAUAUUGCCAGUUGAGAUUAAUCUAUUGGAACGACGAAGUUCAACACAUUUAUCGUUGGAAAAGAUUACAAUUGAUACCAAAACAAAGGAGGUAGUUAGGUGUAUUGUUUCGACCCGAAGCAUCGACUUCGGUGCUAUUAAUCCUAAAUACGCCGGCAAGAAAAACAGGUUUAAUUUAAUGAGCUAG